CAUAUACGCGUGAUUCUGUAGAUAUCAUUUGCCACUAGAUAGCUACCCGAAUGAAUAAGAAAUCGAGUUCAAGCAACGUGACCUAAUUGGCAUUAUUUAACAACGCUUUUAUGAAAUUGGCCGUUUCAUGUGCAACGAUAAGAAGCUAAUAAUAACAGGCAUGGAAAUAACCGAUGCUAUUAUUCGUUUAUCAGAAAGAUAUAUCUGGUCCUCACUGAAACCUCAAUUUCCCAACAACGAUGAUAACGAAUUAAAUUGGUAAUUGUGUGCAACAAAUCUUACUUAGAUCAAGCUACUGUCGAUACUGCUCGUUAUCUCGGUGUUCUGGUAAAUCGAUGUACGUGAGAGUCCGCAAGUCAUUGAAGCUAGGUCGAUAGCAUCGUUAAAGUGGAUCAAACAGUCAGAUAUAUCCACCACUUCGAUCAUUAAGAACGUCAAGGGAAUUUACAUAAUUAAUGGCGAAUGGCUCGUACCAGAUAUGAUUAUUAUUUUCAUAAUAGAUAACGUAAUGGUCAAAUAAAAGUUUUCCUCAAAAAUUUUCUAGAACUAAUACCUUUGAGAAACGCGAGACUCAAUAUUAUCUUUUUUGAAGAUGAACAUUACCAAUUAUUCCAAUUCUAAUUGACGUAUGUGAUAACCGAUAGAUAUCGUUUGAAGAUAAAUCCAUUCUACCGCGAUAACGAGAUUCUUUAUCCAUUUUCAUCGUAUCGUGAUCAGUCGCUGGCGGUGAGUGGCGAAGGAGAAACAGAAUUCAACACUGACAUAGAAAUAAAAUAUAAUACAAUAGAGGUGGAUAAAUAAAGAAAUAAUUAACAGCGCAAUGAAAAUGCGGAUAAUACCUCUCGUUUUGGCAGUAGCGUUCAUCGUGAAUAGCUUCGUCGAUGGAGGCCUGCUUCCACAGUCGACUACUACUGAAACAACCGAGACUACCGUAAAUCCCAAUUCGCAGGUAGAAUGGACGCAUAACUUGCACGGACGUAUAGUUAACGGGACAAAAGCUGCACUAAGGCAAUUUCCUUAUCAGGUAUCUUUAAGAGAAAGUUACAGCAAUGCACACUUCUGCGGAGGAUCACUGAUAGACGAACAAUAUGUGCUCACAGCAGCGCAUUGCAUGUUUGAGGAAUAUGACUCGCAGAUACAGCCUUGGACAAUCAUAGUAGUUGCCGGAGACAUUAAACUCAGUCAACAAAGCCAGACUGGUCAAAGAAGGGGCGUAGACAAGAUUUAUGUUCAUCCCAAGUUCAAUAUGGAAACCUUGGAGAAUGACGUAGCUCUUCUCGCUCUCAAAGUGCCAUUUACAUUAACGCCGGAAGUUAACGUUGCUCCUCUCGCGACUCAUACCGCUGUUCCAGAAACGAUUUGUCAGGUAGCAGGAUGGGGUUAUCCAGCGGAAGAUUAUCCAAUUACCAGCGAGAACCUCAUGUACAUAGAUUUGCCACUGUUGAGCCAUACCACGUGCAAGAAACUUUUGGAGAACAUAACUGAUUUCCCAGCUGGGAUGCUUUGUGCUGGAUACAUGGAAGGCCAAAGGGAUGCUUGCCAGGGCGAUUCUGGAGGCGGUAUGAUCUGCAAUGGAUUUCUAACGGGUGUGGUUUCCGGCGGAGAUGGUUGUGCACGGCCACGUACGCCUGGUGUCUACACGGACGUCUACUUCUACAGACUUUGGAUCGCCUCGCAUUUAGACACAAACCCAACCUCGCAAUAUUCACGUAAAAAAAAUAAUUCUGGCUCGGAACAGGUAGUGACCACAACGUUGCUACCCUCGGUUCUACUGUCAGUACUGUUUCAUAUUUGAUAUGAAAAAGAUUGUUGCUUUGUUCAUUUCGAAAUACUACAGUAGUGUCCUCUUAACUGCGGUAAGUUCAAUAUUUUAUCGCUUAAGUUACCAUAGAAAGUACAUUAAACUGAGUAACACCAAGCCCAAAAUACAGAAACAGCUUACUGAACAUACCAUCACAAGUAUGAUUAAAUCCUAUAAUUUAACGACUGAUAGGAAUACGACGAAGCCCAAGCUAAGUGGACACUACUAUAGUUUCGACGAGAUCAAGUUUUGUGUAUUAUCUCAUAACGAGGCUGCAAAUGUUUAUGCAAUUUCACGUUUAUAUCAAUCUGAUCAAAAAAACAGAACCUACAUGAAAAUUUGUUUCACCCAGUAAACAUUAUAUCGAGUAUUUCAAUUAGAGCAUUUUACAUAAUCCUGUAUGUCAUAUACGUUUAAGAAAUAUUUGCAUUUUUACAUUUGCCAUAUACUACGCGUAAAGAUCCGCAGAUUGCUCGGUGUGAGAUCAGUAUUUGCAGACGAAGUAAUAAACGACUAA